AUGGCUACGUCAAGGCCUGUACGGCCAAAACCCCUGGAUUGGCCAGCUCCCUCGCAUCUUGGGCUUUUUGUCAAAAAUCUAAGACUUCUCCGUCUAGAUCAACUUGAGGACUGGCCCGGUAUUUCUCUGCGCGCAUUGUCCCCGUCGUCGCAAAACCAACGACAACGGAUCCGCCUAGUAGAAUGGGCUCUGUAUCAACUCUACGUCCUUUGGGACCUGGAAGGCGCCCAUAAUAAACUCCGGCCCUUCUUUCCACCGCUAGAACCCCUACAAUCCGUUAACCUCCGCGCGGCUUUAUUCCGAUGCCUAGGCGAGCUGAAAAAGAAUGGCGAUCUGGGACGAGAGAUUAUCGUCCGUAAAACCAUGCUGGAUGAUUGCAGGGGCGAGAAAUUCGAAGAGCUUCUUGCUGGCUUCUCGACCGCUGUGCUCCGUAAACUUGUGACGGAAUCUGUCGACGACAAGCUACACAACCCUGCUAUCAAGCUGGCGACUGCCACUGCUAUUACACCGACGGACUAUCAGAAUCUAUUGCCCCUCAUUCUCGCCCACCAGACAUCCCUGGGUUCGGCAAGUGAGCGCCACACUCGCGUUCGGGAUGUUCACGCCCAGUUCUCACAACUACUGGAUGAGAGAAAGAUUGAUCUGACCGGCCGUGCUGGUAAAAAUUUGAAUGGUCUUGAUGCUUCACACGGUGAUCCGCAACGUCUCGUCCACGAGGUACAAACGAAUUGGCUGGGAAGCCAGAAAUGGGCCUCAGCGAUCCUAGAGGGCGGGUCGGAAACCAGCACCGAGGCUUUUUUGGAGCUUCCCUUUAAGGAGGCAUUAGCACGAGCAGGCGGCACGUCUAGUGCCAAUCUCAGCGCAGGGCUGAAGAAAGACCUGAUCCUUGAUCUGGAGGCUCGGGUUUUGUUGCAGCGCAGCCGGCUCCACAAGUGGCACGAAUAUAACAAGUCGUUUUCUGGCCGGGAUACUCUUGAUGGAGCUACUGACAGUUCCAAAGAGCCUCGUGUGACGUUCCGUGAUCAUCAGUCCCUCACAGUUGCUAGUAUUGCCAAGACUGUUCGCCAGCCCGGGGAUCGCGGUCGGGGUUUGAAAGGUGCAGACAAAUAUCUCCUAUCCUCUGUGUAUGAGACACUUGCUCGUGUCAAUGGCAAACCAUCUGGAAACCCCACAAGAUCAACACCUGCGGCAAGAACGGUCACUCAGCGCGCGUACAGGCGCGCACCGGAUGUUGUCCACUCGCCAAACAUAGAGACAGACGAGGAUCUCAGCACUCCAAGCCCUCCGCCAGACAUCGCAGAGUCAAGUCCAGACUUGAGCUCUCCCUCAGAGCCGCUGCAAAUAGAACCUGAGCUUGAGCCUGAGCCUGAGCCCGCGGCAGAACCUGAGCUAGAAGCCGAGCCAGAAACAAACACGCUCCAGUCAUCCACUCCAAUUGUCCGGCUCUCUCCCGACCUCCCGACCGCAUCCCCGUCGGAUGAAGAACCCCAUCAAGAGCCUGUCAAAAACACCAGAACCUUGGCCGAGCGUACUCGAAGAUCGAUGUCCCUUCUUCCACCUCAGCACCAUGACCCACCCCGUCCACGCAGAGGGCCACGACCUUCUUUCCCGGUCAAUCAAUUCGUGACACCUCGAAAAGCGUCCGGUCGUUCGAGCAAAGAGAUUUCUCGCGCUUCGACCCCGCAAGAUCAGCUCUUCGAGGAAGACGCCGAGUAUGCGAGUGUCUUCAAAUCCAGACCUCGCGUGGCUCUAAGUCCAAUCUCUUCUCCGGCCGUCCAUGUCAGUCCCUCGUACGAGGACGAGAAUUUUGUUCUAGAUGAGGGCGAUAGCGCCGAGUGGGAUGUUACUGAUUCUCCCUCGGCUGCUCCUCGGUUCAGAUGA